ACUGCUGGUAUACCCUCAACAAUAAACAAUCUCAACAAACUAAACUUAUAAAAGAUGAAACAUUCCAACUUAUCAACAUUGCUAGCUUCAAGAAAAUUACUGAUAAGCAAAUCACUUAUAUUAUUAAUUUAUUGAAUAAUACAAAUAAAAAACUUCAAGCAUAA